CUUCCGCCUGUGGCGCUGCGUUCCCUCCGCGUGGUCGCUGGGGAGAACCUGCUGCUGUGCUGACCGUGCUCUGCCGGACACGGUGUCCAUGACGGGGUUCGUGUCAUUCGAGGAUGUUGCUGUGGACUUUACCUGGGAGGAGUGGCAGGAUCUGGAAGAUGCGCAGAAGACCUUAUACAAGGAUGUGAUGCUAGAGACCUAUAGCAACUUGGUGUUUUUAGGACACUGCAUUGCCAAACCUGCAGUGAUCUUCAAGUUGGAGCAAGGAAAAGAGCCAUGGACAUUAGAAGAACUUCCCAACCAGCGCCUCUCAGGAGAGAAACCUUAUGAAUGUAAACAAUGUAAGAAAACGUUUUCCCAGAAUUCAGACCACACUGUUCAUCAGAGGACUCACACAGGAGAGAAACUCUAUGAAAAUAAACUAUGUGGGAAAAUGUUCUACAAGAAGGCACACUUCACUGUGCAUCAGACAGCUCACACUGGAGAGAAAUCCUAUGAGUGUGGAGAAUGUAGAAAAUCUUUCAGUCAUAAGUCAGACUUCAACAGACAUUGGAAAACCCACACAGGAGAGAAACCUCAUGCAUGUGAACAAUGUGGGAAAACAUUCUCCCAGAAAUCUCACCUCAUUGUACACUGGAGAACUCACACAGGAGAGAAACCCUAUGAAUGUGAACAUUGUACGAAAAUGUUCUCCCGAAAAUCAGCACUCACUGUGCAUCAAAGAACUCACACAGGAGAGAAACUCUAUGAAUGUGAACAGUGUAGGAAAAUGUUUCCCCAGAAGUCAUCACUCACUGUACAUCAGAGAACUCACACAGGAGAGAAACCCUAUGAAUGUGAGCAAUGUAAUAAAGUGUUCUCCCGGAAGUCACAUCUCACUGUACACUGGAGAACACACACAGGAGAAAAACCUUAUGAAUGUGAACAUUGUAGGAAAAUGUUCCCUCAAAAGUCAACACUCGCUGUGCACCGGAGAACUCACACAGGAGAGAAGCCCUAUGAAUGUGAACAAUGUAGGAAAAUGUUCCCCCAGAAGUCAUUACUUACUGUUCAUCAGAGAACUCACACAGGAGAGAAACCUCAUGAAUGUGAACUAUGUGGAAAAACCUUCUCCUGGAAGUCACACCUCAGUGUACAUAAGAGAAUUCACACAGGAGAGAAGCCCUAUGAAUGUGAACAAUGUAGGAAAAUGUUCUCCCGUAAGUCAGCACUCAUUGUACAUUGGAGAAGUCACUUAGGAGAGAAGUCACAUGAAUGUGAACAAUGUAGGAAAACAUUUUCCAACAAGGGAUACCUCACUGUACAUCAGAGAAUUCACACAGGAGACCUUCCCUAUGAAUGUCAACAAUGUGGGAAAGCAUUCUCCUGGAAGUCACAACUCACUGCACAUCAGAGGACUCACACAGGAGAGAAGCCUUAUGAGUGUGAACAUUGUAGGAAAACAUUCUCCCGGAAGUCAGCACUCACUGUACAUCAAAAAACACACAUAGGAGUUAAACCCUAUGAAUGUCAACAGUGUUGGAAAAUACUCUCUAGCAAGUCAGCACUUGCUGUGCAUUGGAGAACUCACACAGGAGAGAAACCCUAUGAAUGUGAACAGUGUAGGAAAACGUUCUCCCGGAAGUCACACCUCACUGUACAUCAGAGAACUCACACAGGAGAGAAACCCUAUGGUUGUGAAAAAUGUAGUAAAAUGUUCUCCCGAAAGUCACACCUUGCUGUACAUCUGAGAACUCAUACUGGAUUGAAACAUUAUGCCAACAGUAUAGGGAACAUUUUACUGGAAGACAGGACUCAUUGUAUGUCAGAGCACUCACACAGAAGGGAAACCUUUUGAAUGUGAAAAAUAUAGGAAGUUUUUGUCUUGUAAACUGUAUUUUAGUAAGCAUCUGAAAACAUACACAGGGGAGAAACUUUAUGAAUAUAGGGAGGAUAGAAUGUCUUUUAUUCCUAAGUCAGUCCUCAGUAUACAUCAGAGAAUUCACAGGAGAGUAAUCCUGUGAAUGUAAGUAUAUCAAUAGAAGAUGUUCCAUUUAAUAUAAGUCAGCCCUUUUUGCACAUCAGAGAACACAGGGAUAAGUCCUAUAAAUACGAAUGGUAUAGAAAAAUAUUUACUAUACCAUAUUAGAUUACUCACAGAGAAGAGGAACCUUGUAAGUCUGGGAAUUGUCAUAAAACCUUCUGCAAGAAGCCACAACACAGUAAGAUCAGGAAUCUUAUGAAUGUGAAAAAUAAAUCUUUUUAUUCUAGAAUUCAAAGCUCACCAUACAUAAGUAGACUCAAAUGGGAGAAACUCCUCAGUAAUGUAAACUGCCCUAAAUCCUUGAACCACAAUUGAGAAAUAUGAAGUGAUUUCUGAAGGUAACAGCAUUGAACUUUUUAAGGUUCAGCAAGCCACAGUAGUUAAAAUUAAGGAUAUCAGAAUAUUUGGGGAUGAAUAAGGCGUAAAACUUUUCCAGCUCCAGAAGCAAAAUGCUUCUUUUGCAAAAGUUUAUUUAUUUUUUCUUUAUUUAAUUUUAUUUAUUGUUAUAUUUAAAUUUGACCAGAGAGAGAGACUGAGACAGAGAUAGAGAGAGAAAGGGAAAAUGAAAAAUAAGUUGCCAGGUGGCAGGACUUUAACCUUUGUCUGCCAUGUGGUAGUUUCAGUGUCUGAACAACCACACCACCUGCUGGCCCCCGCAAGUUGAUUUCUAAGACACAUAUGUGAUGUUUAAAGAUGCAACAAAAUAUAAUCAUUGACUUGGGCAAAAAUAAAAAUAAAUAUAGAAAUUUCCCUAGCUUCCAAUUCUGACCAUGGUAUGCAAGACAACAGGAAAAGUGUUUUUAGGCUCCAAGAUUGUCUUAAGUUCUCUCAGAGCCUGGAAACCACCCAUAUGUACUGAGAGGGCCCUCUAAGAGUGCCUCUGGGAAAAUGUCUAAGUUCAUUUUGAGAAUAGAACUAGCCUCUGUAGAGGCUAGAUCUCUGAUGUAUAAUAAGGCAUACAAAGGUUGUGUAUGUUGGGGGGCAACAGUGAUUGGUGGUUAUAGAAUUUCCAAGACUCUUUGAAUUUUGGUCAUAGCCUUUGUGAGCAGCAUUAACACCUUCUAUUUCAGAAAUGCAGCCCCUGGUAAAUUGGUUUUAGGCUGCUUUUGGUUUGUCCAACAUCACCAGAUAGCCCAGGUAGGCAAGACCAAGCCAUAGUGGGUGAAAUGUAAGGUUGCUAGUCAGUAGUGACAGGAAAUGGCUGGUAGAAAUCACUAUUAGCUAGAAUGUGAAAAAUGAGAUGACUAAACUUACUGUUCAUAUUCAAAUUGUCUAACAAGCAUUACUGCUAUCUGUAUGACUCUUUCCAUCCUGUGAAACUGACUGGGUUUGAUUGCACAGUGAUGUGAAUAUACUGAACAGAACUAAACUGCAUAUACUUAGACAUAGUUAAAAUAUGUCAAAGUUUUGACUUGAUCAAACUUUAGUCAGGCCUCUCAAUCUUUUAGUUUCCUCUGUGUGCUUCCUUAUAAAAUCCCCUUUGAGUAAAGAACCUUGCUAAGGCAGUUUAGCAAGAAGCCCCACAGUAAAUAUCAGAUCAUUUUAAAUAAAUGUUUAGGUUUCUUAUCCUUCACUACACCACAAAUGAUCUGAUCACCCUGUCUGCCUUCAACAAGAAUCCUGUUAUUUCAUUUAUCCAGAAUCAUAUCCUUGAUGAUUCCUUAGUAAUGUUCCAUCUGCUAAUCCGCACACUGCUCUUUGGCUGUUAAUUUCCACUGCCUAGGCUGUAUUUGAAGUUGAGCCCAUUUUCUCUUUUCCACUGCAAACUCCCUUGCAGUGAACUGUGAGCUUACCAUGGUGUUCCAAAAUAAAGUUUUU